UUGUUUCACCGGAAGCGCAUUUUAGUUUUGCUUUUUCAUUGGUGUGAAAUAAAAAGGCAACAUUGAACAUGGAAUUUUUGAUAGGAAUUCAGGGAAAAGAUUUCGUUCUUGUAGCAUCUGACACUUCAUCGGCAAGGAGUAUAUUGUCGAUGAAACAAGACACAGACAAGAUGCAUAGAAUGACAGAUAAUCUUAUUAUGUUGGUCAGUGGAGAAUCGGGGGACACAGUGCAGUUUGCUGAAUUUAUCUCUAAGAAUAUCCAGCUUUAUAAAAUGAGAAAUGGAUACGACUUGUCGCCUUCAGCUGCAGCCAAUUUCACACGGAAAAAUUUGGCAGACUAUCUAAGAAGCCGGACUCCAUACAUGGUGAAUCUCCUUAUGGCAGGGUAUGACAAGAACGAGGGUCCCUCUCUUUACUUUAUGGACUAUUUGGCCUCAAUGAACAAGUGUCCCUUUGCCGCUCAUGGUUAUGGAGCAUUUUUCUCCCUUGCUAUUUUGGACAGAUACUACACAGAAGAUGUCACAAGAGCACGAGCAGUAGAAUUGUUAACCAUGUGUGUUGAAGAGAUUAAAAGAAGAUUUAUUAUAAAUCUCCCAGCCUUCAGAGUGCGAAUUGUUGAUAAAGAUGGAAUACAUGAGCUACCCACAAUUAAACCUCAGGUGUCCGUCCGCAGCAUUGCCAGUGAAUCACUAUAGUAAAGAAAAGUCAUCCAAUGUAUAGUGCUACACAUUGACUCUACAUAUUUGAUAAUGCCAUUUUUUUGUUACAUGAAUAUUGUAAUAUUAAAAAUCUCUCAUUGUAAUGAA